UCUAGUGUUAUUGUUGGUUACUGAGUGUCGGCCGCCUCCCUCGAGACUCGACGCCCGACCCUCCAUUCUCUGCACCUUAAACCAUCACUUUGUCAAUUUUGUCUGAGGAGUUGGCGGGGAGCCCUGGACCCUCUGGUCCCAGCCAGAUUUCCCGGCCAAACGCAGGAGGAGAGAUGCCUUGGACUGUCCUGCUUUUCGCAGCCGGUUCCUUGGCCAUCCCAGCGCCAGCCAUCUUCCUGGUGCCCCCCUACCCGAGCAGCCAAGAGGACCCCAUCCACAUCUCAUGCACAGCCCCCAAGGACUUCCUGGGGGUAAAUUUCACGCUGUAUCGAGAGGGGCAGGUAGUCCAGCUCCUGCAGGCCCCAGCAGACCAGCUCGGAGUCACCUUCAACCUGAGUGGUGGCGGCGAGGCUCCUGGGGGGAAAUUCCACUGUCAGUACAGCGUGAUAGGCGAGCACAGCCAGACCCAGCUGUCGGACCUCAGCCAGACCGUGCACGUCUCCUUCCCAGUGCCCACUUGGAUCCUGGCCCUCUGGCUGAGCCUGGCUGGAGCCCUCCUCCUCCUCACUGGGCUGGCGGCUUUUGCUGUGGUGGUCAGGAGAGUGAAAGUAAAAAAAUUACAGAAAAAAAGAGAGCAAGAAUCCUGUUGGGCCCAGAUAAACUUCACCACCACAGAAAAUGACUUCAGAAGAAGACACAGCAGUAACUGUAGAUGCUUGCCCUGGCAACUGUGGACCGCGAAAGAGGCCCACCUCCACGUCAUCCUCACCGGAGCCCCCAGAAUUCAGCACUUUCCGGGCAUGCCAGUGAGGCUGAGGAUUGGGAACCCCUUCUAUUCAGCUCCACCUGCCUGGGCCUUUCUGGGCCUGAGGUUCCUUUCAGCUACUCCAGAGUCAGCAGGGGUUUAUGUUCUGUGGCUGCUGCCUUCUCAGGGAGUUGAACAGAGAUGAAGGGGCCCGCUGGCCUUGGGACCACACUCAUAGGAGAGUGGGAGAGUGGGUGAAGGCAAUUUGCAUGGAGGCUGGGCCAAAAGCAGGAAGCCCCUCUGUGGAUUCCUCACUUCUCAUGACCACCAGGGAAGAUGUCAGGAUUACUUUUGGCCCCCAGCUGGACAUAAGGGGUCCAUGCUCUCCACACUCUGCCCCCAGUUCUUCCACUCCCAGGUACAUCUGGUUCAGGCACCUGACUCUUCACAACUGGGUUUUUGAGCACAGGGUUGGGGGUGGUGUUCUGUGUGUUCUCCCUGCUGGCAUGCCUAAGUUAUUAAUUAUAACACAUGUUGAGGUGU